AUGGGUCCCGGCGGCACCGACCAGGCCGCAGAUGGCGACAGGGAGCUCCGGCGCGAGAAGAAGGUGGCCAUGCGGGCGCGCGCCAAGGCCAGCAAUGAACUCUUCUACAACAAAAAAUAUCAGGAAGCAACAGGUCACUAUACCGACGCCCUGAAAAAGAAUCCAAAUGAACCCGCACACUUUUAUGAGCUGUCAUACUGUUUUCAGAAACAGAGCUCAAUGUCACAUUUUUCUGGGAGCUCUGCCCGAAGAUGUGUGAUAUGCAUUGAGAAGUCUAAAGGCGGUGGUGUUGGGCCUGAGGAUUUAGAAGACAUUUUGAGAGAUUGGCAUUCGGACAUUCAUUUGUCUAAUGAACUUAAAAAGUGCAUGGAAGAAGUUGCAGUAGUCAGGAAAGAAGCUUCUGAUGAGCGCUUGAGGCGGAUUGAAUCUGAACAAACAGCCAGGACAUCAGAGGCAAACCAUGUUCAACAUAAGAAAGAAAUAGAGGAACAUCUUUCCAAAAUGAUACAAGAUAUGCAACAAGUUAUAGCAGGACAAGAUGAAGUUGCUAAUGAGCUACAGAAAGCUAAUAAGCAUAUUGAGCAUGUUGAACAUCAGCUUUUGGAGUCAAAAAAGUUUCAUAGUGAGGAACUUCAGAAGGUCAAUGAGCAUAGUUUGAAUUUGCAACAUCAGCUCACUGAAUCCAAGGAGCGAUAUAACCAGCUUCAGUCCAAGCAUGAUGUCUUGCUAAAGGAACGAGAUACUGCACUCAAAGAGGUAAAAAAUUUACGCCAGAGAGGUACGGCGAUGUGCUGCCAGUUCUCAUUAGCUGAACUAAAGCACGCAACAGAAAAUUUCAGUACUUCAAUGAAGUUCAGAGAAUGUGGGUUUGCCUCUGUGUACCGAGGUGUCCUCCGGAACAUGGAAGUUGCAAUAAAGGUGCUGAGACAUGAUGCUCAAGGACGCUCUCAGUUUGAACAAGAGGUUGGUAUCUAUAAUAGAGUGAGACACCCCAACCUGGUAAAUCUGCUAGGAGCAUGCACAGAGUCAUCGACGCUUGUCUAUGAGUUCUUGCCAAAUGGUAGUCUUGAAGAUUUUCUUUCAUGUGAGGAUAAGAGGCGAACACUAACAUGGAAGAUUCGCAUUCGUAUUAUCACUGAGAUAUGUUCAGCUUUGAUCUUUCUGCAUGAGAACAAACAUGAGCCAGUUUUUCAUGGUGAUCUUCAGCCAGCCAACAUUCUCCUUGAUGCUAACUUAGUCUCUAAGCUUAGUGACUUUGGCAUUUCUCAUCUACUAAUCCAGUCCAAGGGCAAAAACACUGAGCAACCUGCUGAGGACCGUACAUAUAUGGACCCAGAAUAUCUUGUCACUGGGAAGAUGAUACCUCACUGUGAUGUCUAUUCUUUUGGAAUUGUAGUCCUGCGCCUUUUAACUGGAAAGCCUCCUGUUGGUCUAAGGAAGAUUGUGGAUGAUGCUAAGAAGCAAGAUGACCUGAAUUCUGUAGUUGAUGCCUCAGCCGGAGAGUGGCCUUUUUUGCACGUCCUGCAGUUAGCAGAAAUUGCUCUCAGUUGCACUGAGCCAAACAACAGGCAUCGUCCUAUUCUUUCAGGCCAGCUCUGGACAGCAGUUGAGACCAUGAGGGAUGUCGCAAUGUUACCUUCACCUUCAUCUUCGAGUUCGGUGCGGGCUGAAAGCAUCAUACCGUCACAUUUCAUCUGUCCUAUAACUCAUGAAAUCAUGAAGGAUCCUCACUUUGAUGCAGAUGGAUUCACCUACGAAGGAAAUCAUGAAAACCGGAGAUGGCUUAAAGAGAAUAAGAGAUCGAUGUUGAGCAACAAGCCACUUAAACACCUGGAGCUCAUCCCCAAUCACAAUCUCCGUUCUGCCAUUCAGGAGUGGCUCCAACAGCACAGCAUGCUUCUGGAAUAAUCUUUCUGGCUGCAAGCUUUUGUCAUUAUCGCAACGAUUACCACCAUGCGUGUCGAUGCAUGUUCCCUAAACCUUAAACCCUCAGCGAUGUCUAUGAAUAUCUCUGCUAGAAGAACGAGCUAGCUAUGCCAUACCUGAACUAGUGAUCACUGGAGUGGUUUAUAUUCUUGUAAUACUACUGUUAAAUUAGACCAAGCAAACCUUCCAGCAUGCUAUGGAGUCAUGUUUCUUAACAUUUGGAUCAACAUCGAACAUUUGGAUCAACAUUUCAAUCCAUGCAUGUGCCAUGAUAUUUAUGAAGAGUCAUCA